AUGCUGCAGUCCGAGCUCGGACUGUUUGUGGCGCUGAAUUGGGGCGUCAGCGUCUACUGCCUCGCAACGACGCUCUCGACGCGGCUGUUCCUCGGGACGCUGUCAUCUCGCGAGGCGUCGCGGCUGACCGAGCGAUUAGUCAAGUACGUCGUCUUCAAGGCCGUCUUCAUCGGGGCGGUCAUGGUGCCGACCCUGUUUGAGGUGUCCCUGUGGCUCUGCUGGUUCCUGCUGGUCGGCCACAUGCGGUUGUUCCUCGGCGCCGCCAAAGACAGGCUUGAGGCUCUGCUCGCCGUCCCCUCGUCUUCAGCCGCCGGCCGCCUGCGCCCCCUGGCCCUGGUGCUGCUCCUGCUGCUCGCCGACGCCGCCGCCGCGGCCGCGCUGGCGUCGAUGGCCGGGCGGCUCGGGUGGCGGCGGGCGCUGCUGUUUGCAUUUGAUGCGGCAUCGGUCGCAGCGGAGGGCGGGAAGGUCCUGCUCAGGUGA